AGAUAUUGUUUUGACCUUCAAGUGAGACAUGGCAUUGGUAGAACGAGCUACACACAGCCUAGUCCAGGGGCUAAAGAUAUCUUUACUGUUCUCCUUGCAACAGGAAAAAUGUAGUGUUUCAUUUUGACAAGUUGUGGAACUAGGCAGAACACACACACGGACCCGUUGACUGGAUAGAAAAUAUGUCUGCUGCCGAGUGUGCAGCACACGAUUUGCGGAAGUGAGGUGCCCCCGUUCUGUAGCAGAGGAGCGAGCAGCACGAUGAGACGCCGGUAGCCGCCCGCCUUGGCAUGGCCGCGUCACGUUCCUCGCGCGUCACAAGGUCAUCGGUCGGGCUCAAUGGAUUGGACGAGAACUUCUGUGGCCGAACCCUCAGGAAUCGCAGUAUCGCCCAGCCGGAUGAGGGUCAGGGUUCACCCCUCCCCGGCAGCAAGGCCCCACGCUCUCCCAAGAAGAGACAGGACGACCAGGCCGGUGCCUCAGAGAAGCCUGGGGGUCACCGGGGAAAGGUAGCCCACCACAAGGCCGCCUCGGUGGACGGGGAGACAUGGUCAAGCCCCAGGAAGAGGGUCCUGUCCUGCUCAGAGAGAGAGGGUGUUGGUGGUUCGGAGAAGGUUGAGAACUGUGAAGGGAGGCGCAAGGAGACGUCGGGUGCUGUGGGGAGGGAUGCCUCGCCGCUCCUCAAAAGGGCCAAACGGUGCCUCCGCUCUGGGGAGUCGCAUGGAUCCAAGGAUGACCUCCCGUCUGCGCCCCCUGUGCCCGUCAUCGCCGCCUCCCACUGUGCCCCCUUAACGACUGUGAAGGAGAACAGUGAAGGGGGCGACCUGCUCAGACAAAACUCCACCGCAGCUUCCCCUUCCUCUUCUUCACCUGACCUCAACAAGGAGGAAGGAGAGGAGGAGGAUGACGUCGGCGGCCAUAUUGAGAGCGACGGCCAUGCUCAGCAGCCCCUGAACUCCAACUCCCAUAAGUCCAGUAGCAGGCUUGGGCAGACCAGCAGUAGCCCUGAUGCUCAGACAAACUCCCUGUGUCUCAGCGCUGCCUCCAACACCACCUGUCCAGGUCCCGGUCCAGCACUGCUGAACGGCAGCCAGAGGGGGGCGCCCUGCCCCUCGCCCCCAGACCCCAUAGUGCCUUGUAGAAACUCUGAUCCUGGGCAGGAGGAAGAGUGUAAAGACUCUGAUCCUGGGCAGGAGGAAGAGUGUAAAGACUCUGAUCCUGGGCAGGAGGAAGAGUGUAAAGACUCUGAUCCUGGGCUGGAGGAAGAGUGUAAAGACUCUGAUCCUGGGCUGGAGGAGGAAGAGUUUAAAGACUCUGAUCCUGGGCAGGAGGAAGAGUGUAAAGACUCUGAUCCUGGGCAGGAGGAAGAGUGUAAAGACACUGAUCCUGGGCAGGAGGAAGAGUGUAAAGACUCUGAUCCUGGGCAGGAGGAAGAGUGUAAAGACACUGAUCCUGGGCAGGAGGAAGAGUGUAAAGACUCUGAUCCUGGGCAGGAGGAAGAGUGUAAAGACACUGAUCCUGGGCAGGAGGAAGAGUGUAAAGACUCUGAUCCUGGGCAGGAGGAAGAGUGUAAAGACUCUGAUCCUGGGCAGGAGGAGGAAGAGUGUAAAGACUCUGAUCCUGGGCUGGAGGAGGAAGAGUGUAAAGACUCUGAUCCUGGGCAGGAGGAAGAGUGUAAAGACUCUGAUCCUGGGCAGGAGGAAGAGUGUAAAGACACUGAUCCUGGGCAGGAGGAAGAGUGUAAAGACACUGAUCCUGGGCAGGAGGAGGAAGGUAAAGACUCUGAUCCUGGGCAGGAGGAAGAGUGUAAAGACUCUGAUCCUGGGCAGGAGGAAGAGUGUAAAGACUCUGAUCCUGGGCAGGAGGAAGAGUGUAAAGACUCUGAUCCUGGGCAGGAGGAAGAGUGUAAAGACUCUGAUCCUGGGCAGGAGGAAGAGUGUAAAGACUCGGGGGAGUGUCCUGCUCCUAUUUUGGUCUCAUUUGAGGAGGACUCCUCUACUCCCCACCUGUCUGUCAGAGAGGAGGAGGUGGAUGUAGUGGGGGACUCAGUGUGUCGGGAGGAAGUGGUGACAGCGACCGAGGAGGAGGUGGAAGUGACACCGACCGAGGAGGAGGAGAGUUGCGGCGGGGGAAUUAACGGAUGGUCGUUCACCAGCAUCAUCAUCAUCAACAACAACAUCAGAAACGUAAACAACAUCAACAAUAACUCAGGAGAAUCCACCAUGCCACUGCUAGCCCCCCAACACCCUCAGACCCACCUUGCACCCCCUCUAUCUCCGGCACAUCGCCCCCCUCCUUCACAGAGCCCCACGAACACAGGUACACCCUGA